UACGUGUGUGUGUGUGUGUGUGUGUGUGUGUUCUCUGAAUGGGGAACACGCCGUACCGCGUUGCCCUUUCACCGUAAGAACGGAGUAAAUGCGCCAUGCGUAACGGAGCCGCGUUCCCGAGCGGCGCCCUGUGCGCGCUUCCGGCCGUAGGCGUGGAGUAAAGUUUCCCCGGCCCGUGAGGAGUUCAGUGAGCAGUGAACAUGGCGACGGUUUUGGGUGAUCCAUGUGCCACCCCGGAGCUCUCGGUGCGCCAGAGAGUGCCGCCUCUGCUCACGGAUGUGUACCAGUUCACCAUGGCGUACGCGUACUGGCGCGCGGGCAGGCACAACCAGCACGCCGCGUUCGAGCUCUUUUUCCGGGACAACCCGUUCGGCGGCGGCUUCUCUCUGUUUGCGGGACUCGGGGACUGCCUUCGGUUCCUGCGGGACUUUCGCUUCACGGAUGAAGAUGUGGAAUACUUGCGCACCGUGUUACCCUCUGACACCCACCCGGAUUUCUUUCUCUACCUGAAAGGGUUGGACUCCUCUGCUGUGUCUGUGAGGGCAGUAGCUGAAGGCACCGUCGUUUUUGCCCGGGUUCCUCUUUUGGAGGUGUCUGGUCCACUGGCUGUGGUGCAGUUGUUGGAAACCAGUCUUCUCUGUCUGGUCAAUUAUGCCAGUCUCGUGUGCACAAACGCUGCACGAUUCCGUCUAGCUGCAGGUCCCAGACGGAGACUCAUGGAGAUGGGUCUGAGGAGAGCUCAGGGGCCUGAUGGAGGCCUGACUGCUUCUCGCUACACAUAUAUUGGAGGUUUUGAUUUAACGAGCAAUGCUCUGGCUGGCCGUCUCUUUGGAAUUCCAGUAGCAGGCACCAUUGCACAUUCUUACGUCACAUCCUUCUCCUCGCUUGAGGAAGUGUGGCCACAGUCUCUGGCGCCAGCUAAAGGGGGCGACCCUGUGGAGUUUGUCCCUUUGGUGAAGGACUGGUUAGGACGUGUAUGUGAGUUACUAGGAGCUCAGCCACAGCAGGUGCAUGAAGGAGAACUUGCUGCUUUCCUGUCUUAUUCCAUUGCUUAUCCUUCCAACUUCCUCCCUGUCAUUGACAGCUACAGCGUCAGCAGUAGCGGCUUGCCCUGUUUCUGUGCAGUUGCCCUGGCGCUCUGCGACCUGCAGUAUCAGCCUCUGGGUGUAAGGUUGGACAGUGGAGAUCUUUGUGGACAAUCUCUGGAAGUGUGUAAUGUUUUCAAACAGUGCAACAAACAUUUCUCAGUUCCUGCUUUUGAGUCGCUCGUCAUCGUCGGGUCGAACAGCGUUUCUGAAAAAAGUCUUUCAGAGCUCAACAAGAAAGAUAAUGAGAUUGAUGUGGUGGGAGUUGGAACUCACCUCGUUACGUGCACAAGUCAACCUUCACUCGGUUGUGUAUAUAAGUUGGUAGAGGUUGGAGGUCGCCCUAGAAUGAAGCUGACCGAGGAUCCGGAGAAAAGCACACUGCCAGGCAGAAAGUCCAUCUACAGACUGCUGGACCCUGAUGGUCAUCCUCAAAUGGAUCUGCUAUGCCUAUCAGACGAGCCUGCCCCAAAGGCAGGAGAACCUUUGAAUUGUCAUCCUUUAGGGCAGAUCUUAUCUGCUGUCCAGUCGAUCACACCUGCCCGUGUGAUAAACCUGGGAUUAGAUGUCUUUAGACAUGGAGAGAUUAUGCUUCCCCUGAGCACUACGUCUGAGAUUCGAGUCCAUGCACAGCGCUCCAUUCAGUCCUUGCACGUCCAUCACAAAAAACUGGAGCAGCCGGAGUCCUAUAACGUGGCCAUGUCAGAGAAAAUUAAUUCUCUUGUACGUGACAUGAGAAGAGGAAACAGCUAACAUGACGAUCUCCUGUUCCCUACCUGAGCCUCAAAGCUUCAUCAUGAGCAGGGACUGUUAUUAUUGCACAUCUUUGCACAGGGGCAACCAUCUGUCUGUGCAUAAGUAUGUUUUAUGGAUGUUGAAUAUCCUUAUUUUUCUUUUAACGACACGAUCGCGCUAACAAGAAGAAUAUCUGACCUCGUUUUUUUUGUUUUUUCUUACAUUAGACUAAAUUAGACUAGAAUUUCGAACUACUUGUUUUUCUUUAGCUGCUUUUGUUAGGGGUUUUUUUUUGGUCUUGUCCGUGGUAUCAAAAGGUUUUGAGACUCCCGCACCACAGAUCCGGUGGCUUUUGCCGAAUGUCCUCCUUCAGACACCUGAUUUAUGAAGGUCGGUGCUUUUUGUGACUGUGCGUGCGUCCUUGUGCUGCCAUCUAUUGGCGUGUUACAAAACUAGAUUCAAAACUUUUUGAAACCACCUCCUAUAUGUGAUAUAGUACAAACUCCAGAUGCUCCUCCUGAAACACACCACACAUUUUUAUCCAGGCUUUGGACCAGAACUGAACCCAGACUUGAGUGCAGUAGCUAUGCUAGACCACCAGAGAGCAGUAUACCAUAGUCAUUCUUAUAGCUGAUAUGAUCAACCCAAACAUAUUUUAUAUAAUAUCUCAUGUCUGGAGGUCACAUAUCAUGUAUUUUGGUAAGUUUUCAGUGUCCUGUAUGCAGUCUGGAUUUGGUUUGUAUGAUCAGAUUCCAUCAAUAAUAAAAUAAUAAAACAUUUUCACAAUGUAGGGUUUAAUCACCAUGUUUGUGCACAAGAUUGUAAACAAAACAAUCAUCCAAAUGUGAAUGUAUUGUGAAUACUUGAAUUGUCGUCAAGAUUGUUUAGCGUUAAUGGAAACUCGUAUAAUCCAUACAUCAGGGUGUGAGUUCUUUUCCUUGAAUAUAACAACAAUAAACAAAUAGAUUUUCUUUUAGGUUUCUCAGUGGAGAUUUCACUCACGUGGUCUAAAAACAGGUCUUUUUGAGUGUAUUUCUGUUUGAACCCAUUCUGGUGUUUGGGGUUUCUUAUUGUAUUAAUCCACAGACUCCUGAUUAUAGUGGAACACUUGAUGCUUCAAAAGACAACAGUGGUGGUCCAUUUCCUGUUCUGAUCUGAUCUGCAUGCCUACACACUGUACUACUAUCUACAUAUGCCUUUAUUUUCAUCGACACUGUGAUAUUAUUAUUUGAUGUAUUUAUACAAGUGAGCAGUUGAGGGUUAAGGCUCAAAAACUCAGGAGUCUAAGAAGUUCUGGAAUUCAAACUCAUGACAUUUAAACAUCCAAUAUCUUAAAGGAAACUGGUUUUAUAUUUCAUUAUAUGACUCAGGGUGAUGAAACCAGGAAUCCAGUUUGGUGUAUGACUGUUCUAUGCACUGUGAUGUUUGUGCUGUCUGCCUUUUUGUUGCAAAACCAAACUUAGACUUAACAUCGAACUUAACAUUGACAAUUAACAGUAUUAAUGGUGUAAAAUGUCUGUAACCAAACACUACUUUUUCCAGAUCACAAUGUUCACACCGCAUGUUCAAAACAUCUAAAAUAUUUCUGUUUUUUUGUUGCUCUAAAUCCAUUUCGACAAAGCAAUGAGAUCAAAAUCUGUUAAUUUUUUUUUUGUGUGUGUUUUAAAACAUAAGUCUGAUUUUUUUCACAAGCACAUUUGGUAGGUUUUAUCGUUUAAACACAGUUCUGUAUUAUUCCAAAUAUUUCAGUGCAUAUUGAAUAACCGAUGGUAUCUGUGAAGAUCAGAAAUGUCUUUACUGUCUGGGAUUUUAGAUGUUUACUCAAAGUGUACGUUUGAUUGGAAAGUGUAAUGCGAUGUGUGCUUUUUUUUCUGUGACUAAAUAUUGAUUAAAUCAAAAACAAUUA